CAGAGUGCUAGGAUUACAGGCAGGCGUGAGCCACCACCAUGCCCGGCCAAAAAGAUGAUUGUUGAAUGAGCAAAAAGACUACCAGUGGAAAGUGGGGCCAGAAGUCAGAUUAUAGUGAAAUAUAUAAGUGGGCACGUUGCAUAAAGCAUUAGUUUUAUGUAAUGAGUUUGAAUGAGAGGUGUGAUAAUAGCUACGGGGCAUAAAGUUGUAGAGUAGGGCUUUUUUCCUUUUGUUUUUUUAGGAUGGGAUGGGCUUCUACUUUAUGAAAGUAGAAGUAUACCUUUCAUGUUGGGCUGUUGGUGAGAAAUUAGCAACUAUGAAUCUAAGUUGCAUUUCUGAAUUGCCAUCAAAUGUAAUGUUGACUCUUCUAGGCAAACCCUGAGGUAUAGAUGGUACCUCCUUCCUACAGUCUCUGACUGGACAUAAGUCAUCCUUUCUCUAGGCUCUUUUGCUUCCUGGGUUACAAGGGGAACUGCCUUCUGUAAGUACGUGCACCAACAUUAUGGUCCUUUUAGGGUUCAUCUAGAUAAGGAAUUCUAGGCUCAGUGGAGAUAUGACUGAAGUCACAGCUGGAACCACAUCCCAGGCUUCCUUUUGGGGUCACUCAACUCCACCAGGAAAGAAGGCACCCAGUGUGGGCAAAGUGAUCCAGCCCAAUUCAGACACAUCUGGGUUCAAAGCUACUCACUUCCCGGCUCUGUGGCCAAGGCCAAGUUACUUGUCCACGUGUCCAAGUUAUUAGGCCACGGAAUCUGCCACCUGCUUGGGGCGAGGCAGUGAAAUGUAAAACACUUGGAAUAGCGUCUCAGGUUCGUAAUACAUAGUCGUUAUUUAAAAAAAAGAAAGAAAAACAGCCCAACACGAGAUUGGUUUUAUCUACUAGCCUGGGAACUCCAUGAGCGCGCCAGAUAUGCGCAGACCGGGUGAGACUAGUCUGGAGGGCCGACCAGGGUGACGAGCUCUACGCCACCCCGGCGACGCCGGUUCCGGGCUGGGAGACUUAACCUGACGUGGCGGGGCGGGACUUCCGGCGGGAGGCGGAUGUGGAGACAGAAGCGCGGGCCAGCAGGUGCGGCUGCAAGGAUAGUGGUUGCCCGGCUGAGGGGCACCAGCCGGAGAAGCGAGGCAGGACCCGGGUUUCACUGCCGCCUCUCGGAGCUCCCUUCCGCGACGCCGAUCUUUGUGCCAGGAUGGCUCGGGGCGAGCGGUGGCGCCGCGCAGCCCCCGCUGAUGGAGCACGGACAGCCCAGAGGGCGGCCAGGGGCGGCCCUGGGCGACGGGACGGCCGGGGCAGUGGGGGGGCCCGCGGCGCGACGGGGGGAGUGGCUCUGGCCGUUGUGGUCCUGUCUUUGGCUGUGGGCCUGUCUGGGCGCUGGAUGCUGGCGUGGCACCGUGCGCGGCGGGCGGUCACGCUGCACUCUGCACCCCCUGCGCUGCCCCCCGACUCCUCCAGCCCCGCAGUGGCCCCAGACCUCUUCUGGGGAACCUACCGCCCUCACGUCUACUUCGGCAUGAAGACUCGCAGCCCGAGGCCCCUCCUCACCGGACUGAUGUGGGCGCAGCAGGGCACCACCCCAGGGACCCCUAAGCUCAGGCAUACGUGUGAGCAGGGGGACGGCGUGGGCCCCUAUGGCUGGGAGUUCCACGACGGUCUUUCCUUCGGGCGGCAACACAUCCAGGAUGGGGCCUUAAGGCUCACCACUGAGUUCGUCAAGAGGCCUGGGGGUCAGCACGGAGGGGACUGGAGCUGGAGAGUGACUGUAGAGCCUCAGGCCUCGGGUACCUCUGCCCUCCCUUUGGUCUCCCUGUUUUUCUAUGUGGUGACAGAUGGCAAGGAAGUCCUGCUACCAGAGGUUGGGACGAAGGGGCAGUUGAAGUUCAUCGGUGGGCACACCAGUGAACUUGGUGACUUCCGCAUUACACUUAUGCCACCAACCAGUCCAGGGGAUACUGCCCCCAAGUAUGGCAGCUACAAUGUCUUCUGGUCCUCCAACCCAGGACUGCCCCUGCUGACAGAGAUGGUAAAGAGUCGCCUAAAUAGCUGGUUUCAGCAUCGGCCCCCAGGAGCCUCCCCUGAACGCUAUCUCGGCUUGCCAGGAUCUCUGAAGUGGGAGGACAGAGGCCCAAGUGGGCAAGGGCAAUUCUUGAUACAGCAGGUGACACUGAAAGUCCCCUUUUCCUUGGAGUUUGUAUUUGAAUCAGGCAGUGCCCAGGCAGAAAGAAACCAAGCCCUAGAGCAGCUGGCAGGCAACCUACUGACCCAAGCCCUGGAGAGCCAUGCUGAAGCCUUUAGAGAGCGCUUUGAGAAGACCUUCAAGCUGAAGGAGAAGGGACUGACCCCUGGGGAGCAGACUUUGGGUCAGGCUGCCCUCAGUGGCCUCCUUGGUGGGAUUGGCUAUUUCUACGGACAGGGUCUGGUAUUGCCAGACAUGGGGAUGGAAGGGUCUGAGCAGAAGGUGGACCCAGCCCUCUUUCCACCUGUUCCUCUUUUCACAGCUGUGCCCUCCCGGUCAUUCUUCCCACGAGGCUUCCUUUGGGAUGAGGGCUUUCACCAGUUGGUGGUCCAGCGGUGGGAUCCUGGCCUCACCCGGGAAGCCCUAGGUCAUUGGCUGGGACUGCUCAAUGCUGAUGGCUGGAUUGGGCGGGAGCAGGUACUGGGGGAUGAGGCCCGAGCCCGGGUGCCUCCGGAAUUCCUGGUGCAGCGGGCAGCUCAUGCUAACCCACCAACCUUACUUUUGCCUGUAGCCCACAUGCUAGAGAGUGGUGACCCUGCUGACUUGGCCUUCCUCCAAAAGGCCUUUCCCCGCCUGUACGCUUGGUUCUCCUGGCUCCACCAGAGCCAGGAAGGGCCAGUACCACUAUCUUACCGCUGGCGGGGCCGGGACCCAGCCUUGCCAACCCUACUGAACCCCAAGACACUGCCCUCAGGGCUGGAUGACUACCCCCGGGCUUCACAUCCUUCAGUCACUGAGCGUCACCUGGACCUACGAUGCUGGGUGGCACUAGGUGCCCGUGUGCUGACACGGCUGGCAGAACAUCUGGGGGAGGCUGAGGUGGCUGCUGAGCUGGGCCCACUGGCUGCCUCACUGGAGGCAGAGGAGAGUCUGGAUAAGCUGCACUGGGCCCCAGAGCUAGGGUUCUUUGCAGACUAUGGGAACCACACAAAAGCCAUACAGCUGAAGCCUAGGCCCCCUCAGGGGCUGGUUCGGGUGGUGGGCAGGCCCCAGCCUCAUUUGCAACAUGUGGAUGCGCUGGGCUAUGUCAGUCUUUUUCCCUUGCUGCUGCGGUUGCUGGACCCCAACUCACCCCGCCUUGGGCCCCUGCUAGACAUUCUAGCUGACAGCCGCCAUCUCUGGAGCCCCUUUGGUUUACGCUCCCUUGCAGCCUCUAGCCCCUUUUAUGGCCAGCGCAAUUCAGAGCAUGAUCCUCCCUACUGGCGGGGUGCUGUGUGGUUCAAUGUCAACUACUUGGCCUUGGGCGCACUCCACCACUAUGGGCACCAGGAAGGCCCCCACCAGGCUCAGGCUGCCAAACUCCACAGUGAGCUCCGUGCUAAUGUGGUGGGCAAUGUAUGGCGGCAGUACCAAGCCACAGGGUUUCUGUGGGAGCAGUACAGCGAUCGGGAUGGGCGGGGCAUGGGCUGCCGCCCUUUCCAGGGCUGGACUAGCCUUGUCUUACUGGCCAUGGCAGAAGACUACUGAGGUGGAUGAGAGGAGCUAGGUCAUUCAUGCCAUUCUGGAUCUGGAGGGACAAGGUCUCUGGCUUCUGCCCCAACCCCUCAGAUACCAGUAAUUCAAACCUUCCCCAUUUCAUCUCAGGUGUCUCCUUACUGUCAGCUCACACAGCCCCAGGGUGAAUGUGAAUUCAGAGUGUAUUUUUCUAAAUAAAAUGGAAAAAACA